AGGGCCCUGGGGGGUCCGGGCUGGAGGUGCACAUGCUUCCAGGGAAGCAGUGCUGAGUGAUUUCAAGCUAAACUUGUUCAGUGACUCAGAAGGCAGAUUCUCACUCUUUUCUCCUCUGCCCUCUUCUGCACUUACUCUGGUCCCCACUACCACCGGGACACCACUGUUUCCCUCUCUCCUCUGAAGUUCUGGUUCUGUCCCCCUCUGCCUUCCCUGCUUCCCAAUGGGGGUGCCGCCUUUCUCUCCUACAAAGGCCCAGAACAUGAGGUGGGGGGCGGGGGCGACUGGAGGCAUCACAGGCAGGUUGGUACAGGGGCCAGCACUGGAAUCCAGUGCCCCUCCCAGGCUAAGGCCCGGCAGGCAUCUUUCUGGGAUUUUGCGGUAUUCAAGCCAACAACCCACCCAGACGGGAUUUCUCUCCUCAUGAAACUCCACGGCGAAAAACCGACACAGCCGGAACCCUGCACUCUGGUCAGCCCGAGCACCGGGUUCUACUCUCAGCACAGGCCUUCUGGAAGCAGGUCUGUCCGGACUCCCUCCACAGCUAGCACAGAGGACGUUUCCUGGCAGCGUUAUCACCCUUCUUCCCCAUACACUCCCUUACGGAGGAAAAAGUUGGGAUUUGGCUCACGCUGCAGAGGGAUCUGGAGGAUGAGAUGUGUCCCCACCGAGGCACCCCACGGCAACAGGUGUGGAGCACUGGCUGAGACGCGGGAGCUGCACCAGAGGGCUGGCAGAAAUGGGCACCCGGCUGAGUCCUAGGCAGUUGGUGGCACCGAGGAGAGGCCUCUGCUAUGGGAGCAGGGCUAAAUUGAGGCAGUUCUGGAGUGCGUGAAGGACCCCAGGGCCCUACCUGCCUGGCCCGCCAUGAUCCAGAGGGUGUGGGUGAGCCGCCUGCUGCGGCAUCGGAAAGCCCAGCUCCUGCUGGUCAACCUGCUGACCUUUGGCCUGGAGGUGUGCCUGGCUGCCGGCAUCACCUACGUGCCGCCCCUGCUGCUGGAAGUGGGCGUGGAGGAGAAGUUCAUGACCAUGGUGCUGGGCAUUGGCCCAGUGCUGGGCCUCGUCUCUGUCCCACUGCUGGGCUCGGCCAGUGACCACUGGCGCGGGCGCUAUGGCCGCCGGCGGCCCUUCAUCUGGGCUCUGUCCCUAGGCGUCCUGCUGAGCCUCUUUCUUAUCCCAAGAGCUGGCUGGCUGGCAGGGCUGCUGUGCCCAGAUGCCAGGCCCCUGGAGUUGGCACUGCUGAUCUUGGGUGUGGGGCUGCUGGACUUCUGUGGCCAGGUGUGCUUCACGCCCCUGGAGGCCCUGCUCUCCGACCUCUUCCGGGACCCAGACCACUGCCGCCAGGCCUUCUCCGUCUACGCCUUCAUGAUCAGCCUCGGGGGCUGCCUGGGCUACCUGCUGCCUGCCAUCGACUGGGACGCCAGCGCCCUGGCCCCCUACCUGGGCUCCCAGGAAGAGUGCCUCUUUGGCCUGCUCACUCUCAUCUUCCUCACCUGCAUGGCAGCCACACUGUUGGUGGCUGAGGAGGCAGCGCUGGGCCCUGCUGAGCCCGUGGAGGGGCUGGCGGGCCCUUCCAGGCCGCCCCGUUGCUGCCCCUGCCGGGCCCGCCUGGCCUUCAGGAACCUGGGCGCCCUGUUUCCCCGGCUGCACCAGCUCUGCUGCCGUGUGCCUCGGACCCUGCGCCGACUCUUCAUGGCCGAGCUGUGCAGCUGGAUGGCGCUCAUGACCUUCACGCUGUUCUACACGGACUUCGUGGGUGAGGGGCUGUACCAGGGCGUGCCCCGAGCUGAGCCGGGCACUGAGGCCCGCAGGCACUAUGAUGAAGGCGUUCGGAUGGGCAGCCUGGGGCUUUUCCUGCAGUGUGCCAUCUCCCUGGUCUUCUCUCUGGUCAUGGACCGGCUGGUGCAGCGAUUCGGCACCCGAGCAGUCUACCUGGCCAGCGUGGUGGCCUUCCCUGUGGCUGCAGGUGCCACGUGCCUGUCCCGCAGCGUGGCUGUGGUGACCGCCUCGGCAGCCCUCACUGGGUUCACCUUCUCCGCCCUGCAGAUCCUGCCCUACACGCUCGCCUCCCUCUACCAUCGGGAGAGGCAGGUGUUCCUGCCCAAAUACCGAGGGGACUCUGGAGGUGGUGGCAGUGAGGACAGCCUGACGACCAGUUUCCUGCCAGGUUCUAAGUCUGGUGGUCCCUUCCCCAAUGGACACGUGGGCGCUGGAGGUGGCAGCCUGCUCCCUGCACCACCAGCACUCUGCGGGGCCUCUUCCUGUGACGUCUCCAUGCGUGUGGUGGUGGCUGCCGAGCCCACCGAGGCCAGGGUUGUUCCUGGCCGGGGCAUCUGCCUGGACCUCGCCAUCCUGGACAGUGCCUUCCUGCUGUCCCAAGUGGCUCCAUCCCUCUUCAUGGGCUCCAUCGUGCAGCUCAGCCAGUCUGUCACUGCCUAUAUGGUGUCCGCCGCAGGCCUGGGUCUGGUCGCCAUCUGCUUUGCUACACGAGUGGUGUUUGACAAGAACGACUUGACUAAGUACUCGCUGUAGGGUACUCAGGGCACACCCAAGGGAGGACCUGUCCCACUGAGUCCCGGUCCCUGGGCCUCCUAGGGCUGCAGGCUGGCCUUGGUUUCUGUUGCUGCCAAAGUGGGGUGGCUCUCUGCUGCCACCCCGUGGCAGUGGGGUGUGUAGCUGCACUGACCGGGUGGGGCGUCCUUGCCCUUCUCCCUGGUCUCUAGGGCUGGCUGACCUUCGGCUUGCCGGGUGAGUUUCAAUCUGGACUUCUACAUGGAGGCUAGAGGGACAGGGCAUUAGAUUAACUCCGUGCACUGGAAUGCAGGCGGGUUACCCAGGUCAGGGUUGACGGCUCGUGUCCUGGUGGAGAUUGGCCCAGAGAAGGGAUCUGAGUAACUCAGUUAGCUGGUUCCCCAUCUCCGAGGCCCCUUAUCGUGCAGGUCCCCCAGUGCUGCUCUUGCAAUUUCUAGUGUGAAAGUCUCCUCUGGGGGUGUCACAUGUGGAGGUUGUUUAGGGGAAGAACCCAGAGGACGAGGUAAUAUCCCCUCUGUCCACAGCACUGCCUUUGUCACCCAGCCCCCUCUUAUCAGGACGUGGCUUAUUGGUUUCUGUGUGGCCAUCACAGGGACACAGGCCUUUAAAUAUUUAACUUAUUUAUUUAAGAAGGGAAGGGAAUCCGUUCCCAGCUCUUUCGUGUUGGUGCCUAGGUUUGGGUUAGGUGGGAUCAGAUUAGCAGGGUCCCCUGAGGUAGUAGGUGGUCACUGGGCCAAGCCUUGCAGAAUCUCCUUCUUCUGGGGUGACUGGUCUGGCCCCCAAACUGCCCAUCCAAUCUUUGGAAGCUCUGUUCACCCCAACCGAUACCCCAGAUGCUGUUACCCACGGCAGACUAUUGCAGAAAGGUGGACGGUGGGGCUGGAGGUCUCAGCAACACCCCUAACUUCACCCCUCCCCGCGUCCUCACGUGGCUCCCCCACUGUCCUCUGUUCCCACUGGAGCUGAGCUGAUGAAGGAACCAGGCCCCAUCUUUCCUCACUGACUCCACACCCUCGGUGUGGGGCUUUUGUAGGACCAGAAGCACAAAGAGUGGUUCCUCGGGCCCUUGCCCAUCCAACCCCCCGGGGCACAUCCGUGCUGGGGAAUCUCAUGCAGAAACUCAGGAGCACCCCCUGCCUGAGCUAAGGAGGUCUUAUCUCUUGGGGGUUUAAGUGCCGUUUGCAAUAAUCUUUAUUAUUUAUUUAGCGGAGUAAAUAUUUUAUACUGUACAUGAGCAAUCAGAAUAUAAUGUUUAUGGUGGUGAAAUUAAAGGCUUCUUAUAUGUU